CUGCAGCAUCUUAAGCAGUGCCUCGCUGCUAUAUUCCUUCUUUGUCUGCACCUGGUUCUCCACAGCCAGCGCGAUGGCGAAGCCGGUGAUGGACAGCGAGAGGCGGAAGCAGAUCAGUGUGCGUGGUCUGGCCGGGCUGGGAGACGUGGCUGAAGUGCGGAAGAGCUUCAACCGGCAUCUGCACUUCACGCUGGUUAAGGACCGCAACGUGGCCACUCCCCGCGACUACUUCUUCGCGUUGGCUCACACAGUACGUGACCACUUGGUGGGCCGCUGGAUCCGCACGCAGCAGCACUACUACGAGCGUGACCCCAAGCGCAUUUACUAUCUUUCCCUGGAAUUCUACAUGGGCCGGACACUGCAGAACACAAUGGUGAACUUGGGCCUUCAGAAUGCUUGUGAUGAAGCUAUUUAUCAGCUGGGGCUGGACUUAGAGGAACUAGAAGAAAUAGAAGAGGAUGCAGGCCUUGGUAAUGGAGGCCUGGGAAGGCUGGCAGCCUGUUUCCUUGAUUCCAUGGCUACCCUGGGACUGGCAGCAUAUGGCUAUGGAAUCCGCUAUGAGUUUGGGAUUUUUAACCAGAAGAUUGUCAAUGGCUGGCAGGUUGAAGAAGCUGAUGACUGGCUGCGCUAUGGCAACCCUUGGGAAAAAGCACGCCCUGAAUACAUGCUUCCUGUGCACUUUUAUGGGAGAGUAGAGCACAUGUCAGAUGGAGUCAAGUGGCUGGACACACAGGUGGUGCUGGCCAUGCCCUACGAUACACCGGUGCCAGGCUACAGGAACAACACUGUGAAUACUAUGCGGCUGUGGUCUGCCAAGGCGCCGAACGACUUCAAGCUCCAUGACUUUAAUGUGGGGGACUAUAUCGAGGCUGUCCUGGAUCGGAACUUGGCUGAGAACAUUUCCAGAGUUCUCUACCCAAACGACAAUUUCUUCGAGGGCAAGGAGCUGCGCCUGAAGCAAGAGUACUUUGUGGUGGCUGCCACUCUGCAGGACAUCAUCCGCCGCUUCAAGUCUUCCAAGUUUGGCUGCCGGGACCCCGUGAGGACCAACUUCGAGACAUUUCCAGACAAGGUGGCCAUCCAGCUGAAUGACACCCACCCAGCCCUCUCUAUCCCAGAACUCAUGCGAAUCCUGGUGGAUGUGGAGAAGGUGGACUGGGACAAAGCCUGGGAAAUUACCAAGAAGACCUGUGCAUAUACCAACCACACAGUGCUGCCUGAGGCCUUGGAGCGGUGGCCUGUGUCCAUGUUUGAGAAGCUGUUGCCACGGCACUUGGAUAUCAUCUAUGCCAUCAACCAGAGGCACCUGGACCACGUUGCAGCCCUGUUCCCAGGUGAUGUGGAUCGUCUGCGGAGGAUGUCUGUGAUCGAGGAGGGGGACUGCAAGAGGAUCAACAUGGCACACCUGUGUGUUAUUGGGUCCCAUACUGUCAACGGUGUGGCCAAGAUCCACUCGCAGAUUGUGAAGCAGUCUGUAUUUAAAGACUUUUAUGAGCUGGAGCCAGAGAAGUUCCAGAACAAAACCAAUGGAAUCACACCCCGCCGGUGGCUCCUGCUGUGCAACCCUGGGCUAGCUGACAUCAUUGUGGAGAAAAUUGGGGAAGGAUUCCUUACUGACCUGAGUCAACUGAAGCAGCUGCUGCCCUUGGUCAAUGAUGAAGCUUUCAUCAGGGAUAUGGCCAAGGUCAAACAGGAAAACAAGCUGAAGUUUUCUGCCUUCCUGGAGAAGGAAUACAAGGUGAAAAUCAAUCCUUCCUCUAUGUUUGAUGUGCAUGUGAAGAGAAUCCACGAGUAUAAGCGCCAGCUGCUGAACUGCCUGUACAUUAUCACUCUGUAUAACCGAAUAAGGAAAGACCCAACAAAGUCCUUUGUGCCCAGAACUGUCAUGAUUGGGGGAAAGGCGGCACCUGGUUACCACAUAGCCAAAUUGAUCAUCAAGCUGGUCACAUCCAUCGGCAAUGUUGUCAACCAUGACCCCAUUAUAGGUGACAGACUCAGAGUAAUCUUCCUAGAGAACUAUCGUGUGUCCUUGGCUGAGAAAGUGAUUCCUUCUGCAGACCUGUCGCAGCAGAUCUCCACUGCAGGGACUGAGGCCUCAGGCACGGGCAAUAUGAAGUUUAUGCUCAACGGGGCUCUGACCAUCGGGACCAUGGACGGUGCCAAUGUGGAGAUGGCUGAGGAGGCAGGAGAAGAGAACCUCUUCAUCUUUGGCAUGCGAGUAGAGGAAGUGGAGGCACUGGACCAGAAAGGGUACAAUGCCAGAGAGUAUUAUGACUGCCUCCCAGAGCUGAGGCAGGCAGUAGACCAGAUUGGCAGUGGGUUCUUCUCUCCCAGGGAGCCCGAAUGCUUCAGGGACAUUGUCAACAUGCUGAUGCACCAUGACAGGUUCAAGGUGUUUGCAGACUAUGAGGCCUACAUCGAGUGUCAGGCAAAGGUGGACCAGUUGUACCAGAACCCUAAGGAGUGGACUAAGAAGGUCAUCUGGAACAUUGCCUGCUCAGGCAAAUUCUCUAGUGACCGGACCAUCACAGAGUAUGCCCAGGACAUCUGGGGUACAGAGCCCUCGGACCUGAAGAUCCCCCCACCCAACAUCCCCCGGGACUAGG